UCCUUAUUAUCCUUUUGGUCCGUAUUGUCCUUUUUGUCCUUAUUGUCCUUAUUGUCCUUUUUGUCCAUAUUGUCCGUAUUGUCCUGUUUGUCCGUAUUGUCCUUAUUAUCCUUUUGGUCCGUAUUGUCCUUAUUGUCGUUAUUGUCCUUUUUGUCCUUACUAUCCUUCUUGCCUUACUAUCCUUGUUGUCCUUACUAUCCUUAUUAUCCUUAUUAUCCUUCUUGUCCUUUUUGUCCUUCUUGUCCUUACUAUCCUUCUUGUCCUUACUAUCCUUAUUAUCCUUAUUAUCCUUCUUGUCCUUUUGGCCCUUAUCAUCCUUCUUGUACUCUUUAAUCUUAAUGUUCUGCAACUCUAUAUCCUCAUCAUCAGCUUGCCGCAGAUGUCUACUUAAAGGAAAAGUCUCGAUUUACCGCAAUUGCAACCUUAGCAUAGUAUGAUGGUUGCUGAAUAAACUUCUUCUGUAUUUUAAAUAUUCAGGUGCGCUACGGGUGACAGAUGACGUAUGAUUAGAACUAGUAUACGGAAAAUAUUGUCUAAUGUAAUUUUCUGUAUAUAACUUUUUAUUACUUUUCUUUUCCGCUGAUUUUUGGCUAUUGAGUAGGUCUAGUUUCUUUCUCCACGAACAGCCCCUCUGUCCGUCCCAUAGUGCUUCUUCAUUGACAUUGGCAAAGUAGCUGUUCCUAGACUACAAGUGACAUUAUAAUCCCAAAAAGUAUUUCUAAAUGCUUCCAAAUGCCUCAUUUAUGUAUAAGUAACACCUGAAGAAUAACACAAGGAAGAGUAUUGUUCCCCAAGUUCACUUUCUUGCUUCAUUUGCGUCCCGCAAAUGAAGUCUGGUUCUCGCUCGCGUUAAAAUCGCACAACUCGUGCCGCUAAGAACCGCUGUUACCGUCGCUGUUGUCGCGGCGCGAUCGCGUCUAACUCUAAUUUUUGGAAAAAAUUGUAAUUCGGGAUUGCGCCGUGAUACUUUUUUCUUAUAAAGAUCGUGCUCGCAUCGCGGAGUCCCUACCCUCCUCGCCCUCUCUAUCCUCCUUAUCCUUCUCGCACUCUCUAUCCGUGUUACCGCAUGAGAGGGUAGAAGGACAUCUUCGAUUUUUGACCUUGCGGCAAAUGCAAACUCGCCACAGUGUCUAUUUAGUGGUCGGACAUUAAUCGUCGGAAAUAUUGUUUAUAAUGAGUGAAAUUGUAUAUAAUGAAUGACAGGACUUUAGAAUGAUUGGAAGUGACAAACAUAAUAUAGCGAAACUUCGUGUUUGAGAUAGUGUGCCUGCGUUUUGUCCUUUUUGUCCUUAUUAUCCUUUCUGUCCUUGUUGUCCUUCUUGUCCUUCUUGUCCUUUUUGUCCUUCUUGUCUUUAUUGUCCACAUUGUCCGUAUUGUCCUUUUUGUCCUUUCUGUCCUUCUUCUCCUUAUUGUCCUUUUUGUCCUUUUGGUCCUUGUUGUGCUUCUUGUCCUUCUUGUCCUUCUUGUCCUUUCUGUCCUUCUUGUCCUUUUUGUCCUUCUUGUCCUUAUUGUCCUUCUUGUGCGUCUUGUCCUUAUUGUCCAUAUUGUCCUUCUUGACCUUAUUGUCCUUUUUGUCCUCUUUGUCCUUUUGGUUCUUAUUGUCCUUCUUGUCCUCUCUAUCCUCCUCAUCCUUCCCGUUCCCUCUAUCCUUCCCGUUCCCUCUAUCCUCCUCGUCCUCUCUAUCCUCCUUAUCCUUCCCGUCCCCUCUAUCCUCCUCGCCCUCUCUAUCCUCCUUAUCCUUGUCGCCCUCUCUAUCCGUGUUACCGCUUGAGAGGGUAGAAGGACAUCUUCGAUUUUUGACCUUGCGGCAAAUGCAAACUCGCCACAGUGUCUAUUUAGUGGUCGGACAUUAAUCGUCGGAAAUAUAGACGCACAUUUUUAAAGAGAGUAACACCGUGGCGAUCAAACGCAUCGAUGUGAGCUGAAAAUGUACACUCAAAACAUCACUUCAAGCAAUGGCUCUGUGUUUCACGUAACUAAAGCAAACCGAUCAAAGUCACUUUCUUACCAACAACUUCUAUUUACGCUUUCUAUGAUCACUUUUUUAAGUGGUAAGGAUCAAAGAUAAAGUUCGUAAUCGAAAGUUUAACAACAAUGUUGUCUAUUGGAGUCAUGUGAGAAGUCCUUUUUUGCUUUUCCCUCAACAGAAAAGAUGUUACACUAGAGCACUGUGGGUUUAGCCGAAUCUCAAUUCCGAACCUGGAACAGCGGGUUCGCGUUUCGAAAUCGGAAUUGUGAAUAGAUCUUUUUGGGUUCGGAUUCAAACGGGCUUCGACCCUACGGCACGAGAUCAUGGUUCCGGUUCGAAAAAGUUCAAACCCGCAGAACUGUACGUUACACUAAUCAGCUAACGAAAAGCUAAAUCAUUUAUAUAUCGUUUAGAAAACACGAUAGAGCGAAAAGAAAAUAGAACAAGUAAUAAUAUAAUUCAGAUAAGCAACUUCAAUUUUCUGUAUCAAUUCCUAAUUUCUAAAUAAAAUUUUCUGCAUAACCACAAAAGACUAAUACAAGUUUCGAUAGAUUCCUAAACGAACUAGGAAAGAAAGAAAUAUAAAAUUCAGCUGUAUAAACUACCGACCGAACAAAAGAAACGUGCGUACUACUGCUAUUUUUCACUGCGCUACUAAGUAACGCAAUUAUUACUAAUCAGUUAUAUCAUAGUCUUCAGUUUAUAUCCUAUGUAUACGUAUAUAACAUAAAAACAGAAACGAACAAAACAUUUUUGCACACAAAAAUGACUUCCGCGGUUGAGCUAGUUGGUACAAAACUACUAAAUGGUGCAACAGAUUCUGCAUACGAUUCAAAUCAGCUGAAAGAUAAAUACAUUGGACUGUAUUUCUCGUAAGUGAGACUUAGUUAAAUUAUCAAAUAAAUUUUGAAAAAGCGUUUUCGCUUUAGAGCUCAUUGGUGUCCACCAUGUCGUACGUUCACACCAAUAUUGGCUGAAGCAUAUAAACAGGCAAUUGCAGAUGCAUCAUUUGAUGUAGUUUUUGUUUCAAGUGAUGAAGAUCAAUCAUCAUUCGAUGAAUAUUACAAGGAAAUGCCAUGGAAAGCCAUACCGUAUGAAGAUCGUACUCUAGCUGAGAAAUUGGAGCAAAAAUACCAGAUACAACGCAUUCCAUCGCUAAUCAUUUUGAAAACGGAUGGUACAAUUCUCACCGAAGACGGUGUGACUGAAUUAACACAAAAAGGCAGUAAUGCUAUUGGCAAAUGGGUAAAAGGUCAAUCCAUCUUUUGGUCACGCGCUGCUCAACCGGGUGAACAUACAUGGAAAGAUAUUCAAUGCGAUAGUUGUGAUAUGAAACCGAUCGUUGGUGUUCGAUAUGCAUGUGCAACAUGUGAGGCUUGUAAUAUAUGUCAAGACUGUAAACAGAAAGGAGCGCAUGAACAUGAUUUGAGCCAAUAUUAUACUUAUGACGACUAA